AUGACUAUGGUCCUGAACUUGUACCGCGUCCUCAACUAUGCUGCCUUUACGUUCUUUUCCGUGCUCCUAGUCUGCCUAAUAAUCCUCACACCCGCCGACGCGAUCUACCAAUGCUAUAAAACGCACCGUCUCAUCAACAUUUUCUUCAUCACCGGUGCGUAUGUGGCCACAUUCAUACUUGCAGCGCUCAUAUAUGCGACACGGAUCUACACGAAUCGUACCGCCCUAUCUGCCAUCCCCAAAGCAUGGAUUCCCGUCGAGAAGGAAGAUGUCGGGAAGAGCGUCCGCCGGCUAGUAGUGGAGGGACUCGCUCGCAGCGCGAUCAUUGCCUAUCAGGCGCGACCGAGAGAUAUAGCGGCAGACGGGGACAAAUUCGCUGACUAUCCAAUGCUUGUGGUGGAUCGCGACCAGCCGCCCUGGGGUAAGGUCGAACAUCCAGGAUGGUCGUCUCCUUCGUCGCCUGAUCUACCUGACCUGCCAUAUCGCGCUGUGGUGCAGGAACUACCGCAUUUGAUUGAAGCCAAGGCGGUUUCCCUCGCGCCUCCGGAUCCCUUUCUAUCGGCUGCCGCGCAUCUCUCCGAUCAUGGCCAGUCAGUUCCGGAUACGCGAGUUGUGGAAGUGCUACGGAGACCUACGUCGAUGGGAUUGCGGGAAUAUAUCCAGCAUCUUACGGCAUUGAACCUGGUCAAUCCCCCGGAGAUUGGUGCGGAGUUUCUGGCUCACUACGAACGGGCCCGGUUUUCGUCUCGCGAGCUUCACGAGGAUGAAUUCAGGGAGCUGAUGCACGUCUUUGCGGACGUCUUGCGGGGGAUGACAUACCUGGAUGCUCGGAUACUGGAUGACAUCCAAGGAGGAAGCUCUCGCAGUGACAGCGAGUCCCUGAUUGGACCCUCCGAUGAAGAAGGCGAGACGGAUACCGUGGAGUUUUUCGAUGAAAGCGACGCGCUGUCUUUUCGUCGUAGAAAUAGCUCGCAGCGUUCGGUUGCCUCGUCGACCUGGGAGAGCCGAUCGGUGCACACUGCACCUACGGCGCAGAGUCGUGGAUCGCCGGUCGCAUCCAGACAUCACGAUCGGUAUCGCACGUUGGCCCCUCCCCGCACGCCGUCGACCCGAUCCCUCAGACGCAUGCAAUCGAAUGUCUCUGGCAGUUCAUCAGGGGGCAGUGUUAUUCGCUUGGUAGAUCCCCGCGGGCCGUCGGAUCUGCCUUAUGCUUACAAUUUGGAUAGUGCAAGUAGUAGAUCAUGA